AUGGACAGGGGAAGGUUAAAUGCCUUUGAGAUUGCGAGGGGAAGGCCACUCGUCGUGGUUAUACUUGCUGGAACACAGGGAACCCGUUUUGUUAUGAAUGGAAAGCCGUUUUACAUAAACGGGUUCAAUGCAUAUUGGAUGAUGUACAUGGCAUCUGACCCAUCUACAAGGGCCAAGGUCACUUGUGCACUCCAACAAGGCUCCAAGUAUGGCAUGAAUGUUGCUAGGGUUUGGGCUUUCAGUGACGGCGGUUACGAUAGACCCCUUCAGCCUUCUAAUGGUUCAUACAACGAGGACACAUGCGUGCACAUUGGGAUGCAGACUCUACUCACAAGAAAAAAUUCCAUAACAAAGGUGGCUUACAAAAAUGAUCCAACCAUCUUCGCGUGGGAACUAAUGAAUGAGCCUCGUUGCCAAUCUGAUGUAUCUGGAUCAAUUCUUCAGCCAUGGGUGAAAGAAAUGGCUGCACACUCUAAGUACAUAGAUAGUAAGCAUUUACUAGAGAUAGGGCUUGAAGGAUUUUAUGGCAAAACAACGCCGGACAAGAAGCAGUUCAAUCCUGGUAACCUAGAAUAUGGUUCUGAAUUCAUUGCCAGCAACUUGCUUCCCGACAGCGAUUUCGCCACUAUACAUAUCUAUGCUGAGCAAUGGUUACCAGAGACAAGCGAAGAGGGCCAAGCCGGUUUUGUGGACAAAUGGGUGCAACAACACAUCGAAGACUGCAACACAGUAGUUAAGAAACCACUGGUUUUGGGAGAGUUUGGCAAGUCUUAUAGGUUACCAGGUUACACCCCAGGAAAGAGGAAUGCCUACUUUCGCAAACUAUACGAGUACAUCUACACAAGUGCGAGUAGUGGGGGUUCUCUUGUAGGUGGGAUUUUCUGGCAGCUGAUUGCACAGGGAAUGGACACCUUCGGAGAUGGAUACGAAGUCGUUUUGGAGGAGAGCCCUACUACUGCCAAUGUCAUUGCAUACCAGUCUAGCAAGCUUGGUAGGUUAAAUUACGACUAG